GCGCUUCAUGAACACUAUUCCAUCUUUUUCUACUUCUCUAAAAGUGGCUCCGACACCAAAGCUCCCUCCCAUAGGCUAUAAAUAAAUUAUAAAUCCUAACUUAGCUCUAAAAACAUCUCUCUCCAUUCUGUGCCGGCUUCUUAGUUCUUAUCCGGCCUACUCCAGUAACAUCGUUGCACUCGUUUAUAGGUACAACCGUAAAAUUUUCUCAUUUAAUUAAAAAAGCCCUGCGUUUGAGAUCUCAAGGCAGCCCAACCCAACAGAAAAACUCCGUUAAAUCAAAAACCUCCAAAAAUUGUAGUAGUAAACAAAAAUAGCCUAUUGUUGUUGUUGUUGUUUUUUUAUAGUUAUUUUAGUUUUAUAACUCGGAAAAUCAGCCUUUCCUUGCCCAGUUGUUCCUAGUUUCUAGUGUCUACUUUCUACACACCCACCUAAAAAAAAAAACUCUCCCUAUCUCUCUCGCUUUGUUUGAAAAUAUUCGCAAAAAGCUAAAGGUACCGUUUGGUACGGUGCAGCCUUGGAGACCCACCACAUUAAAUGCUGAGAUUCCAUUAAAGAUAAUAUCACAUACUUGGAUAUUUCUUUGACGACCAAAUAAGCUCGAAGAAGAAAAAAAGUUUUUUUUUUUUUUCGAGAGUGGAAAUGGGUCGGAGAGAGAGACAGAAGCGAAAGUUUGAUGCUGGGUUUUUGGUUUGGGUGGUGGUGGUGGUGGUGUUAUCGGUAGUGAAAGAAACGACGGCGUCUCCUACUGAAAAGAAGAGGAACGCGUACGCGACGAUGUUGUACAUGGGAACACCGAGGGACUACGAGUUCUACGUGGCGACACGUGUCAUGCUGAGAUCGCUCGCCGACCUCAACGUGGACGCCGAUCUCGUCGUCAUUGCCGCCCUCGACGUCCCUCGCCGAUGGGUCCGAGCACUGGAACAGGAAGAUGGGGCAAAGGUGGUGAGUGUUGAAAAUUUGAGAAAUCCAUACAGAGAUCAGUCCAAUUUUGAUUUUAGAUUCAAGUUGACAUUGAACAAACUCUAUGCAUGGAGCCUGGUAGAGUAUGACAGGGUCGUCAUGCUCGAUGCUGAUAAUCUCUUUCUUCAAAAGACUGAUGAGUUGUUCCAAUGUGGACAGUUUUGUGCAGUCUUUAUCAACCCUUGCUACUUUCAUACUGGCCUCUUUGUCUUGCAGCCAUCAAAGGAAGUAUUCAAUGACAUGGUUCAUGAGUUGGAGAUUGGACGAGAGAAUCCAGAUGGUGCAGACCAGGGUUUUAUCUGCAGCUACUACCCGAAUUUGCUUGAUCGACCAAUGUUCCAUCCACCACUUAACGGCACCAAACUCGAUGGAACUUACAGACUUCCAUUGGGCUAUCAAAUGGAUGCUUCUUACUAUUAUCUUAGACUCCGCUGGAGUGUACCCUGUGGACCCAACAGUGUCAUUACAUUUCCAGGUGCACCAUUGUUGAAGCCAUGGUAUUGGUGGUCAUGGCCUGUCCUGCCAUUAGGCAUUUCAUGGCACGAACAACGUCGCCAAACUCUUGGGUAUGCUGCAGAGAUGCCUGUGGUAAUUAUCCAAUCUGUAAUUUAUCUAGGAAUACUAGCAAUGACUCGUAUGGCACGGCCAAACUUCUCCAAGUUGUGCUACCGGCGAUCUGACAAGAACAUUUUCUUAAUACAAACAGGCCUCAAAAUGAUAGCAGUGUGGUCAAUUCUUGCCUCUUAUGUAUUACCCUUCUUCAUUAUCCCUCACACGGUUCAUCCAAUACUAGGCUGGACCCUUUACUUGUUUGGCUCUUUCACGCUUUGCUCCGUAGCAAUUAAUACAUUUUUACUACCAAUGAUAGCGGUUUUGAUCCCGUGGAUUGGGUUCUUUGGGACCCUUUUGGUCAUGGCAUAUCCUUGGUACCCUGAUGGGGUUGUAAGAGCUCUAGCGGUAUUUGGAUAUGCAUUUUGUAGUGCACCAUUCUUGUGGAUAUCAAUUGUUAAGAUAAUGACAAGCCUUCAAGUCUCACUUGAAAGGGAUGCUUUCUUUCCAAAAUUGGGUGAAUCUGCGCCACCUUCUGGGUUUAACAAGUUAUAUUAACAGAUACUGCUCUGAAUGCUUCAUUACCUGAGACUAAGAAGGCACUCUUUUUGGCCAAAAUGAACUGAUAUUGAAGAUGCUUGUGGAUAGAAAUGGGACAGAAAUUUGUUUUGCACGGGCUUUCGUGGUUUUCUGGGGCACUCAAAUUGUUUCCAUGCAUUAAGCCAGAGGGGGGACAUAUUUCACACUCCCAAGGGAACAUUGGCAAUGUAAUUAUACAUGAUUUUCAUAAUUAAAUUUGUUGCAUUGUUCUGGCUCUGCUUUUUUGUGAAUUGUGUCAACAUUCGUUA